GGCAAUACUGGAGACCUGGGACCGGAAGGACCUACGGGAGGCAUUGGUGAGACGGGUCAGCCGGGGAUCCAGGGACCAGUUGGACCGAAAGGCGACAAAGGAGACAUCGGGCUGGGCCAGAAGGGCGACAAGGGUGACAUCGGGCCCCGGGGAGACAUCGGGCCGAAGGGGGACUAUGGCGGACCCCCAGGGGAGAAAGGAGACAAGGGAGCCGAGGGCAGCAAGGGAGAACAGGGGGUACAAGGGGAACAGGGGGCCCUGGGGCUAAAGGGUGACGCCAUCAAGGGGGAUAAAGGGGACAUGGGGGUACAAGGAAUAACUGGACUCAAAGGGGACAUCGGUCCUAAAGGCGACAGGGGUGACAACGGGACGAGUAUCGUAGGACAGAAAGGAGAUACAGGGGGGAAGGGUGACAAGGGUGACACGGGAGACAUUGGAGUAAAGGGUGACAAAGGUGCGGUCGGCGACAGGGGUGUUACAGGCGACAGGGGUGACAAGGGAGACAUGGGGGAGAAGGGGGUGACUGGAACAGCCGGGUUAGAUGGAGAGAAGGGAGACAAGGGUGACACGGGAGUGCAGGGGGAGUCUGGAAUAGCUGGGCCGCAAGGAAUCAAGGGAGAAGUGGGUCCCAAGGGGGAGAUAGGAGAAAAGGGUGCGACUGGGGCUGGUGAGAAGGGUAUGAAAGGGGAUACAGGUGUCAAGGGAGAUGCGGGGAUAACUGGCGCUAAAGGAGAAAUAGGUGAAAAGGGAGAUAUUGGCGCUAAGGGAGAUGUUGGGGAGAAGGGAGAGACAGGGGUGAAGGGAGACCUUGGCGUACCAGGGGUUAAUGGUACAGACGGUGCUAAAGGUGAACAAGGCGAUAAGGGUGACGUGGGGAUCACAGGAGACAAGGGUGACACGGGGUACAAGGUGUGA